AUGCCUACAUCUAUUGAACGUGUGUCUUGUAUCGAUGUAGUCCCUUUUCUCGAAUCUUCCUUUAAUGUGGCACUGAGUGCAAGCGAUCCCGUUGGUUCAACAUUUAAUCAGAGUUUUACUUAUGGUGUGACCAAUACUGCUCCUGAUGCUUCUACUAAUUUUUCUAUUACUGCCACUGCCACCACAAAUUUUACCACUACUACUGAUGGGUUUAAUCAGUCGAAAUUCUGUCAUCAUUCAAAAUUGUUACCUCCGGAAAAUGUCACAAUCACCAAUGUCACAUCUGAUUCCUUCGAUAUUAAUUGGAAUUAA